GCCAGCGCUAACUUACUCUACUACUACACUUACUACUUAUUGAUCCAUACCGACCGCACUCUUCUUGUCCUGUCCCGGACACUUCUGGUUGUAUCGCAUCAUCCAUUGGCAUACCGUCAACAUCAUGCCGCCUUUUCUCAACAACCCGCUGCCCUCGUCGAUGCGAAGUGAAUGCAAAAAGUGCGGUCGCAUCCUCGCAUCCUUCAUCGACCCUCGACAAUCCUUUGGACCCGACAAAGUCAUCCCACCCUCCAUCCUCGCCAAUGCCAAAGGCUUGGCCAUCAUCACCGUCUUCAAGGCCGGAUUUCUCGGGUCAGGCCGUUUCGGCAGCGGCGUCGUCGUCGCCCGUCUCGCAGAUGGCACCUGGUCCGCACCCUCCGCCAUCGGAACCGUAGGAGGAGGCUUUGGUGGACAGAUUGGCUUCGAAAUCACCGAUUUCGUCUUCAUCCUCAACGAUGCGAGCGCCGUGAAGACGUUCUCGCAAGUGGGAUCGCUGACGCUGGGAGGAAACGUCAGUAUUGCCGCGGGACCCGUGGGGAGAAAUGCCGAAGCCGCGGGAGCGGCGAGUUUGAAGAGCGUGUCGGGCGUUUUCGCCUACAGUAAGACAAAAGGCUUGUUCGCGGGAGUCUCGUUGGAGGGCAGUGUGUUGAUUGAGAGGCGAGACGCGAAUGAGAAAAUGUAUGGGAGAAAGUUGACUGCGAGGGAGUUGUUGGGUGGGAAUGUUCCUGUGCCUCCCCAGGCUGAGCCGUUGACACGAGUGCUCAACUCGAGGAUUUUUGCGGGUGUUGGGGGCACUUUCAAGGAUGAUGCCAUGUACAAUGAUGUUCCGGUGUACGAUGAGAGCCACGAAGAUGUGGUAUGGCAGGGUCGGACAGGAAGUGGAUUUCAAGAGGGCAUUGCGACACAGAGGACGGGAGACUUUCGACAGGACAACAGCAACGGAUUCGGGUCUCCGAAUCGUGCUUCCACGUGGCAGAACCCAUCCAGUCGCGCGAACCCCAACGAAACGUUUGACAGUCUGCAAGGCCGAGAUCGAUCGUCUACACUGGGCGAUCAAACCGACUACGUCUACUCCGAUCGCAAAGGUCCCGCACCAGGACGACCGUCGGCGCCCAAGCCCGCGUUUGGAGAAAAGUUGGCUUCCGUAUCCCCUGGCCAAGCCAUUGCCAAAUUCACCUUUGAAGCCGACCAACCCGGCGAUUUGGGCUUCAAAAAGGGAGAUGUCAUUGACAUUGUGAAGAGAACUGAGAGUGAGGCGGAUUGGUGGACGGGCAGGAUAGGGAAACGCGAAGGCAUUUUCCCGUCCAACUAUGUCGAAGUGGUAUGAAGGCGCAACAACAACAACAAGUCAGGAGGAUUCAUCUCUUCUUCUUGCUCUUCUUCUUCUUCUUCUUCUUCUUCUUCUUCUUCUCCUUCUGCUGGUGGUUGUUGUUGUUGUUGUGGUUGGAUGCUCUAUAUGUCUAGCUUGAUCCUCUUUGGACUUGUGUAUUGUUGUUGUUGGAUUGUUUGUAGUAGUGCUAGGGGAGGAGAAAGUUGAAAAUACCCAUAUGAAUUGACGAAGAGAGAGAAAGAGGGAAAGAAAGAGAGUAAAGUAAAUCAAACGACACGCAGCGCCAAAACUUGUUUGUGUUUACACACUCACUCACUCACUCACUCACUGUUCAAUGAUUUGAAAUGAAUGGAUUGGAUUGGAUUGGAUUGGAUUAGAGA